GUUUCAGACGCAACAAAGUUUCAGGUCACUAUCAUGUAACGCCAUAUAUACAGUUGCGAAAUAAACAUGCAGUUUGAAAGGGCGCAGCGCUAGUGAAUUUGAACGUUAUGCUGCUUCUUCAUCUUGUCACUGCACUAACGACACUACUGUGUGUCGGUGAGACUUACACCAUCAGGAGCUCGGUGUCGUGGGCUGUCACCAGUGAUGUGGUGGAUGAAGAGCUGGACACGCACUCGGACGAGGCGCCCGCUGUGCUCGUCGAUAAUAUCGGGAUCUGGAAACAAGCCUAUCCGUCCUCAGUGUACCGGGACGCCUCAGAGAAGAAACCCGAGCAGAUAUCGAAGAGCGAGGAUGUGUCAUCCGCUUCCCGUGUGUUUUCGUACCGAAUGGAGGAGGUGAAGGUGCCGUCCAGCAUCCCUACGCCUCCGCCUCAUGAGGAGACGGCGAGAGUAGCGCGAUAUAUGGCGCAUUAUAGCGACUGGGGUCACCUGGCGACCAUCUCCACACAGGAUCAGAUUAAAGGACUUCCUUUUGGAAACAUUUUCUCUGUAAGUGACGGUCCAGCUGACAACAGCACUGGCGUUCCUUAUUUUUAUGUGACACCAAUGGACAACACUGUAACGGAUCUUCGCAGCUUUCCUUUUGCUUCCUUAACAUUUUCCGAGGCAGAAGGAGAUUUCUGCAGGAAGCAGGUUUAUGACCCUGAGGACCCUAGGUGUGCUAGACUAACUUUGACUGGUAAAAUGGUGGAGGUUGGACCAGAGGAGCUUGACUUUGCCAAAGAGGCAAUGUUCUCCAGGCAUCCUGUCAUGAAGAAGUGGCCCCCUGGACAUAAUUGGUUUUUCAUGAAGCUGGUUUUGCAGCAGGUUUGGCUGCAGGACUGGGUCGGAGGAGUCUCUGUCAUUCCGCUUGAGGAGUAUUUCAAAGCAGCACCUUUCUGAGAAAAAAGAGCAAUCGUACAAGCUGAACUGAACUGAUUGUGUACAAAAGGUGAUUGUUUUUGUUAUAAACUACUUUCAACUAGUGGUUUUUGCCCUGGCCAUGAUGCCGGUUCAGUGCCUUUGAACAUAUUCCUGAGGAUUUAUUGAAUGUAUGAAUUAUGUUCAAAGAAACCUAACAUUAUCAGUAGAACAAUUUCACAGCUAUUUAACGUUGGAGACCUUUAUCACAUAUAAACUAUGUAGACACUGUAUUGAAAGGAAAGCUAUUCAUUCAUAAAUAAACAAAUCACUCAUAAUAAAUAAUUCUACCAUAGGCCUUCACAAAGAAAUGUCAUUUCUGUACUAAAUACUUUAGUACACAAAGAAAGGUAUACUGAAUAGUUGCCUGCUUUCUCUGAAACUCACUUUACUGUAUAUCCUUAAAGGUCUGACAUUUAAUUAACAGCUGAAAUGUGAAAUGUUUUCGAUGGUAUUUAUGGCACCUAAUUCUUUCAAGUUCGGCAUUUACUUCUCAAGGACAGAGACUGACGGUACAGUACAUGACAACAUGUGUUACACUACCUAACGCAAUUACAAUGUAAUUGACACCCUAACGAAAUAUCUCAAAUAUCUGUUUGUGCCUUGCAUUGCCUCUUCACAAUGAUAUACAUGUGCUGCUCAAAUAAAAGAAAAACAUAUUAAAAAUA